UUCUCUUUCUACAAACCUGGCAACCCAGAUCAGACGCGUAGCGAUGAUGUCAAAACGCCGCGACUCGAAACCGUGGGUAAACUAUCCAGGAACCAACGUGACUCUUUGUAAAUCGAUCGUUAAAGUGGAUAUUUGUAUUUAUUCAUAACUAACCGGACAGACUGAAUAUUAUCGGGAGCAACAUGAGUUCGUCCAUGCCUCAGAAGCGUUACUACAGACAGAGAGCCCAUUCAAACCCGAUGGCUCACCAUACGUUUGAUUACCCGGUGUGUCCUGAGGAGAUGGACUGGUUCAAGCUGUAUCCAGACUUCUUUACCAGCAACCUGCCUGAGAAAGGGAUGCCACAAGUUGAGUUUGCAGACAUUGGAUGUGGAUACGGCGGGCUUUUAGUGGAGUUAUCUUCACUUUUCCCAGAUAAGCUCAUCCUGGGCAUGGAAAUCCGGGUAAAAGUGUCUGAUUAUGUUAAGGAUCGUAUCCAGUCACUGCGUGCUUCUGAACCAGGAAGCUACCAGAACAUUGCCUGCAUUCGCAGCAAUGCGAUGAAGUACCUCCCCAACUUCUUUUCCAAAGGACAGCUCAGUAAGAUGUUCUUCCUCUUUCCUGACCCUCACUUUAAGAAGACCAAGCACAAAUGGAGGAUCAUUAGCCCCACGUUGCUGGCAGAGUAUGCCUAUACACUAAGAAUUGGGGGUUUGGUGUAUACCAUCACAGAUGUAGAGGAGGUCCACCUCUGGAUGGUGAAGCACUUUAGUGAACAUCCACUAUUUACACGUGUCCCUGAUGAAGAACUGGUCGAUGAUGUCAUCAUAAAUCGCUUGGGUACCUGUACAGAGGAAGGAAAGAAAGUGCAGAGAAAUGGAGGAAAGAAUUUCCUUGCAAUUUUCCGGAGGAUUGAGGAUUCAAACGAAGACCAAACAAGCAUGGACACGCAAUAAACUUUAAUAAUGGUCUUAUGUAGACAUUCAUACAUGAACACCACGGAGGAUGAUGCUGCUCUGUUGCCCUGAAGGCUGUGGCUUAUUCACACUGCAGAUGAACAGAGAUGGGUUUUUUCUGGUAUGGAAAAACAUUUACAUCAUCAUUUAUUCCUCAGCUCACAAAAACAGAACAAGGUAAAUCUCUAUUGAGACUAGACAUAUGAAGAGUUUUGUGUAGCUUUUUUGAUAUUAUUUCCUUUUUUUAAUGAUGUUCUUCAGUUUCUUUUGCCAACUUGAAAGUGCUGUUUUUCCUGUAAAGCUGUAAAUUCUUUCAGUAAAACUGCUUCUAAUAAAGUAAAUCUUAGAUUUGAUUCGUUGUAGUAAUGAUCAGAACACUGUUUGAAAAUGAUAAUCCUGGAUUUGAAGUCUAGAUUUUUCCCUACCAUU